UCGGCGCAGGUCUUUGAAUCGCACCCGUCGCACGAAGCAAAAAAACAACAGCGGUGGCAAAAAAUAAGAAAAUUUAUUAAAAAUCAACAAAAUAAAUCGUUAAUUUUAUUAGCACUUAAAAAGUAUUAAACAAAAUAAAUUUACCAAUAACAAAUCUAAAAAGGAAGUCAGUCAAAAUAUAUAUAUAAACGAAGUUAAAAAUAAAAAAGAAAGUGUCUCCUCUAAGGUCGUACAUAAAGUCAAGAAAAAAAUCGGUAAAAACAGAUACAAUUUUCUAAAAAAAUAUAGGAAAAAAUAAACAAAAAUAAGAAUAAUUAGCUGAAAUAUAAAAAAACAUUAGAUAAAUAUCUUAAAUGUUUAUAAAAUCUUGGUUAAGACUGCAAAAAGUGCAAUUUUUGCUAUCGUGACAAUUCUUUUUUUGUGUGGUGGUUGCUUGUCGCUUGUGUUCGCUUCUUUUCCAUCUUUUGCAAUUUUAAUUUUGUAAGUUUUGGUGUGUCUCCUCCUACUCCUUCUUCACUUUUGAGCUUUUCUUUUAGACGCACAUCAAAGUUACUUUUGUGGGUUACUCCCUGUCUGGACAAGAAUAUUCAGCAUAAAAAAGAAUACAUAAUAAAAAGUUAUAACAUUCACGCUAUAACAACAAUAAAUGUGAGUGAAAAAAGUGAAUUGAUGAAUUUUGUUAGCAGACAAUAAAGAGUCUACAUAUACGUAUCUAAAAGAAAUAUAAAACAAUCGCUUUUAAAAAGUGUAAAAAAUAAAACAAAUGUUUAAGAUUUUAUGACGCAUGUUUGUUGUAACAACAUGCUUGCAAAAAGACAACAACAACCAGAACAAUUACCAACCGUCCAUUUAAACAAAAGCAGUAGGAAUUUGUUUCAGCCAGAACAAAGACCAAUAAUUGCAGUCUUUGUUCCAAAUAUAAUAAAUUUAUAGUGAAUCCUUUACAUUCUUCCGAAAGAAUUUCAUUUGAUUUUCAAAUUUGUGUGGAUAAUUAAGUGACAUUUUCUUAAAAAUAGCUUAAAAACAAACUAUCAUUAAUUAUUUGUUGCUAAAAAUCUAUGGCAACAUUGAUACAUUAUGAGGAUGAGGGCGGGGGUGGUGGCGGAGAUGGUGGCGAUGACACCUCCAGCGUUACCAUAUGUGGAAGCAGCAGCAGUACCAUCAAUAGUCAUUGUUUUAACACGCAUCACACACCAUCGCCAACAAUUUUAGCCUCGACUUCUCCACACGAACAAUUUAAUAACAACAGCAAUACUACAACAACAAUAACAACGUCUGCAAGUAACACUAACGGUUCUACAACCAACACUCAAUCUAUGGAUUAUAAAACUACUGAAGAUAAUGUUGGAGGUGUUAGUGGCGACGUCAAUGAUGCGGCAGACGCUGAGGAGCAACCUCAUGGGUGUGGCAUUAUUAAAGAUCACAACAAUAUAGACAACAACACAACAAUAUGUGCCGCUAACUCAGGUUUGGCUUUACAAGACUAUCGCCAACAUAUUCAAACUCAACAGCAACCGGAAACGCAAGCUAAGAAUUUAUUAUUAUGUCGCCGUUUUAAGGACUCUGGAGAUACAUUGCGCAACUUUACCUCUUUGCCCUUGUUCAUUUAUGCCACAUCGCCAUCAACACAUGCCACUUCGGCCGAUGGUGUGGGUGUUGCACAAGUGGCCGUGAAAGCAGCUGAAGAAGCUGUUGCCAAUAUGAAAAAGAAUGAAGCCCAUGAUCUGGUACGACGUAAUAGCAAUAGUGCGACAACUCAACAACAGACCGGCAAAAGUAACAGCAGUGUUAGUAGCAGUGGUGAUGGCCUAUUAUUAAGGCGUGCCAUGGAUUGUUUGCCUCUGACACAUGGUGUGGGUACACAUCAUCCACAUCUAAUGGCUUCUAGUAAUACAGUCAAUGUAACUGUAGCACCAUCCUCAGCCGUAGUGGCGGCCUAUCCACAUCAUCAUCACCUGAACCUCAAUCAUCAUCAUUUGUUAAGUCAUCAUUUGCCGUAUAGCAAUAACUACAGUGGUCUGCAUCAUACAUCGACGACGUCGUCCAACAGUCACCAUCACAAUCAUCCACAUUUGAAUAUACACAGUGAACAGACGAAAUCGUUGCAGGAGUUGCAGCAUGAAGUUGGGGCACUGUUGGAAUUUCGUGAUUUAGUUAUAGAAACAUUUCCCGAUCUCAAGCAAAAAAUGGCUUCCAUAUCGUCGGCAGCGUCGACCUCUUCCUCGACGGGUGGCGGUGUUGGCAGUGGAAAUGUUAUGACAAAUGGUCAAUCGUCGUCGGUGAGUGUGAGUAGUAGUGGCUCGACGAUACCUUUGACCAGUGGUGGUACGUUGGUAUCGCGUCGUGAAUGGGAACCUGGCAUAAGGGUGAAACGUAAGAUUUCUCAGAAAGAACAACCCGCCGCCAUAGAAUUAACAUCGUCGUCUUCGUUGACGAGAAGUCGCAGUAAUUCCCAUAGCGGCAAAAAAGAGCCAAAGAGUAGUAGUGGUGGUGGAGGUGUUGUUAGCGGUAGUGGCGGAGCCACAAGUGGUGGUGAAAAUAAUAAUGGUAGUGUAGUACAAGAUUCUGGAUUCUCCACGGAAACUAGUUCAUCCAAAGAGGGUCAUAGUGCAUCUUCAACAAAUGGUGCUUUAACGGGCGCCAUUGCAUCAAAUCGUUUAUCCUGUCCAGAGUCCGAUGAUGAGUUAUUAAAUCUCCUAGAUGUUAUACACCGCAAGUCGAAUCGUUUACGAGAAGAGGUUGAACAUUUACAGAAUUAUGAGCGUCAACAUUUGCAACCAAGUUCGAGUGCAGAACGUGAUCAUCCUGACGUAGCCACCUCUUCCGCUGAAGGUGCCACCGGUCUUUCCAAGUCCAGCAGCAGUAGUGCCAAUACAGCUUUAACACCAAAAACCUUCCGUGAGCAUGUUGAGCGUCUGAAUAAAGAAGACUUGCAGCAGCUGCGCAAAGAGCGCGAUCGCCUGCUGGAUAAAUUGGCGGAAAUGGAGGCUGAAACAUUGACAGGCCGCAUAAAAGCUGCCAAAAUGAGUGAACAAGUUGAAGAGUUGAUAAAUGUGAAACGAGAUCUAGAGGAACAGCUAAAGCUGGCGAUGGCACAGAGAUUAGAGUUAAACUCUAGAGUGCAACAGUUGCAGCAACAACAGCUGACACAGAGUAAAAGUUCUAACAGUCAAUCGGAUUUUUCCAGUAGUCCUCGUACAUUUCUUUCCUCUUCGGCUAAUACAGUUUUAUCUACGGUUAGUGCAAACUCAUCUAGACAAAAUACAUUCCAACCUGUCGUGGUGGAACAGCAGACCACGGAUCAGCAACAACAUAAUCAUUUAAUACCAUUCCAUCAAAGCAUUGGCAGUGAUAAUAAACGUAAUUCUCAACUACAGCAAUUCUCACCCGAUCAAUUGGGUCGUUUGGAUGGCAUUGUUAGUACGCCAGGAGAUCGCAAUGCCAAAUGUAGGGUAACAGAUUCAAAACGCUUUGCCGCUAUACUCCUAGAGACUAGUGUCAUAGAAUUGCGAAGACAUUUAUUAACAUUAACUGUUAAGAAUCAGGUUUUAAUGCAAAAACUUGACCAAGCUUCUAAAACAAAGGGUCAUUUAGUCAAACGUUUAGACAAAUCCAAAGAAGAUGUUGAAGAUUUAAGAUUUCAGCUUGAAGAAAAGAACAUAGAAUUAGAAGGUACUAAAGCUCAACUACGUGUUUUAGAAUCUAGACUGCACUCAAUAACACCCAGCAGCGGUGCUGCCACCAAUUCCUAUUUACACUCGCAAAAUGACUACGAAACUAAUCGUUCUUCAGCCUCUACCACUCUAAUGCUAAGCAGACGGGGUGGUGGCGUUGGCAGUGGCCUAAAUACCGAUUCUAGUGAUAUUCGCUCCUCCACGCCCAUAUCAGCCUCCACACACAAUGGCCAAAUGCCUCAGCCCAUAACAAUGCAAAUAUCGACGCCCAGCAUGAAGGCUAUGACUCACUUACCCAUGGAUGAUAUGCAACAUCAUAGUAGUAGUACAGAAUCGGCUCAUGAACAUGAUGUCGUACAUCAUGAGACCAUGACCAUCAGCCAAAUGCAGACUAAACUGGAAAAUGGUCGUAAUAUAAGACAAGCUAUAAUGAGUACUAGUGUCGAUGGUGUUAGUCCAUUCGAACAGCAAUUGCAGCAACAACAGGUGGCUGCUAUUAGAAAUCAGGUGCAAGCCUUAAAGAAAUUUAGUGGUGUAACGGCUACGAAACCAAGUAAAAUACCAUUGCCUGGUAGUAAAGCGGCGGCAUAUUUUGCAGGAAAACCACCAUCCGGCAGACCCUCAACAGCAGGUCGAUCGCCUCCCUCAGCAAAUUCUUCAGGUUCCUCCAGUCGUUCACCAUUGAGUAGAAGUACUGGCAAUCUAUUGUAUUCCAAAUCACCGAAUAGCCUGAAAAGAGCUGAUUCAGCACAAAGUAUACGCAAAGAUAAUAAUUCAUCUUCGCUUAGCACCAACACCAGUCGCAGUUCCACCUCGUCAUCCAUACCAAUGGCAACAACAUCAUAUGGCUCUGCCUCUAAAUCAUAUGUUGGUGGUGGUGGAAAUGGUUCUAUCAACACAACAAGCAAUAACACUUUAAAUAGUCCGUCCUCGAGAAUUUUACAAAAUUCUCCAUUACCAAAACCAAAACGUGAGUCGUUGUCAACGAAAGUCAGACAUAUGGAUUCCUUAUCGCGUGCUUAUCACCAUCAACACAACAAUACGACGCAUAAUUAUUCCAACAUCAGUAAUACUAGUGAUAAUACACCCACGACAAUUGUGCAAUCGAACACAUCACCCACAACUGCCACUACACCAGGUGGCGGCAAUGGUGCCGGUAGUUAUUUGAUUAGUAGUACGCCAAAAACAUCAACUAUAGCAGCUCAACUUACCUCUUCAUUACGUAAAGAUUUACAAUUAAGUUCCAGUAGUUUUAAUCAUCCAGCGCCAUUUCAACGAAGAGCUACCGCCUCCUCAGCGGUUCAAUCAAAUUCCAAUAACAGCAACACACAGACUACUAGACGUUUCAGCAGUGCUUCCGUGAUGGGAGCUCGCUCGGCUAGACAGGCUUCCCAGGAUUAUGAGGGUCAACAUAACAGCAAUGUGAGUGGCAAUAGUGUUGCAGCCGGUGUGAUCAGUUCUUCUUCAUCGACGCACAGUGGUGGCGUUAACAAUGGUGGCACUGCCAGUGAUAGCGAUAGUGGCAAGAAUUUUUCAUAUGAUAAAAAUUGCGCAAUUAAUGCAAAGGAAAUGAAAUCGGGCCUUAAUCAAUACUUUGAGGAAGUUCUUCUAAGUCCAACCACUAAAGUGCCAAUGCCUAAACUUAAGCACGAUAAAGCAAAGGUGGCCAGGACUAGCAGCAAUAAAAUCACCUUGAGUCAAUACUUCGAAAGAGAAUUAUUGGAAGAGACCACAGCUGCUGAACGCAUGCAAGAAAUGAGCGAACAACCAGACUCCAUUGAUGAGAUCUAUGAGGAGGAGGAGGACAAUAAUGAGGAUGAAGAAAUUGACAUCUAUACUUCAUAUGCCUCUUAUAUGAGUUCUUCCGAUCCGGGCAGUGACAAUUUAUUGGUAACAUUCGACUAUGGUUCUUCAAAUUCUUUAGACGCUGAUCUUUCCUUAAACUCUCAACAACUUGAAAUUCUUGAACAAGAGGAACAAUUUAAUAACAAUCUCUUUAAAAUUCCCGAAGAAGAAAGUUCAGAAGAUUUAUUAAAAGUAAAACAGUCCGAAAUGUAUUCAAAAUCACCAAUUAUUUUCAAAAUCAAUGAUGUACAAUGUUCAGAAGAUUUAUCGGAAAUAAAACAUGUAAAAAUGCGCACGAAAGCACAAAAUAUUUUCGAAAUCCCACAAGUCCAAAGUUCAGAAAAUUUAUUAACAGUUAAACAUGCCGAAAUGUAUUCCAAAUCACCCAAUAUUUUCAAAGUCCAUCAAGUACAACAUCUUAAGCGUAGUACUAGUAGUAACAUUGAUAACCGUGCUAGUAGUUGCAAUUCUGUGGCAACUUCUUUGGUUGAAUACAACAUAGAUACCUCUGGUGAUUAUGGCUCUUGGGCUCAUCAGUCUGAAUCUGAACAAGAGGGGGAAGGGGACUGCAAUGAGAAAACUUAUCGUUAUGAAGAUUUAAUUAAAAAUGAGGUACUCAUUUAUGAUGACGAUGUUGACAAUGACAUUUUGAAUGGCGACCCUGAAAGAGAAGUUUUAAUUAAUUUCGAUUUUGAUGAAGAUCAACCACCACGCUGGUUUAAAAAUAAUAAUAAUAAUAAUAAUAAUAAUAAUAACAACAAUAAUGAGCAAUUGUAUUAUAGAAGUGUAGAUUAUUUAAAUUAAUAUCAAAUUGUAAUUUAUAUGUUAUUUUCUAUUGUAUUGUUUUAACUAUCGGUUAUAGUUAGACUUACAGAUUUUAGAAAAACUUUGUAUCCAAACUUAAUAUUUUUUAAACAUAUUAAGUUUGUAAACAUUCUCUUGAAACCUGUAAGUCGAACUAUCACUAGAUUUGAUUUAUUUUAUAUGUAAUUAUAUGCAUUUAUUGUUUCACAGUUAAUUUUUUAUAUUUUUAAAAAAAUUUUUUCUUUUUUUUCUGUAUUUAUUAAGAUAUUUAUUACUUUUUUUGUCAUAACUUUAAAAUGUUUUGUCUUCCGGUUUUCGGUUUUUAUCGAUUAGCUCUGAUUUUUCAUUAAUUAGCCAAUUUACAACUUGUUUCGUAUUGUUGUAUGAUAAAAAGUAGUAAAGAAAGUCUACAACGGUACAACAUAGGUUGUGAAUUCAAUGAAGAUUUGUCACUAAGGGUCUUUUUCAUAAACUUUUAUCAAAGGUUUAUAAAUCAAAUUUUCAUACAAAAUUUGUGCCAUAAACCUUUGAUAAAUGUUUAUGAAUAAGGCAGUAAGUAAGUGUAUAUAAAUUUUGUUUAACAAUUUACAGAAUGUAACUUUUUGAACUUUAAAUAUUGAUAGAGUUUGAGAUCUGUUUCCCUUGCUUAUUGACGAUUUUCCAAAAUCUUCGGAUUUCCAGUCCAAUUUUAAUUGCAUUUUAUUCUACAUAUGGGCAAUUUCAUAUCAAGUGACCCAACUCAAAAAAUCGAUUUUGACGAAAUUUGCACCAAGGUUAGUACUAUUGGAUAGUAGGCCAGACACAAAUUUUUAGAGCAAUCGGUCCAGAACUGCCGGACUUAGAGGAGGUUUCAUCAAAAUCGGAUGAAACUCCGUCCAUAGUCACAUAUUCUAUAAAUAUCUUUAUCCCAGUUUUUUGACUUACUCCUUUUCUAGUACUCUUUUCAAGAGAGGUGCGCUUUAAAGUAAAUCAAAAUAUUCACUUUCAUAUCUGUGAAAUUUUAGACAAUAAAUUAAAACUUAACGCAGGGUUUCAUCGUGACACCUUAAAUAAGGAUAUAUAAAUUUCCAUAAAUCUUGUUAGCGCUAAGGGAGUUCUUGGUUGACAAAGUAACACAUAGAUUUUUAUUGUAAGUCUCUGACAAAAGUUGAAAUAACAUCCAUUUACAUAUGUACAAGUAAAACACCGUCUUUUGUAACCUUUGACCUCCAGUAUAUUCCUUAAUUAGGGUUACAAGAUAAAGCAAUAUGUGAACUUUGAUAUAACAAUCUAUAUAAAUAGUGUUUUUGGAACCGAUUAUGGCCUUUGGCAAGGAUUCUGUAAUUGAAUGAAUAAAUAAAUAAAAUAAAACAAAAUAAUACAGGCCAACAAAUUUAUAACUUUAAUCCUUACAUUUCUGAAGGAGUCCGAUUCAAGUAUUAUAAUAUCUCCAUUACAUCAAGUUUUCGAAAUAUCAUGUUCUAAAAAACACGUUUUUUGGUCAUAUUAGGGACGUUAUAACAGUGCGAUAACACCUUUAUUUAUAAAGGUCAUCUGAAAGUUCAAUCUCUCGAGUGUAAAUAACAGAUCUUUAACUUCUGUUAUAUCUUCUUUAAUUAUCGAGAUAUAUACAUAUCUUAAACUAAAUGUUAAAACGGACAUAAAUGGUUAAAACUGAAUUUUUACUACAUUUCGCCUUAAUUGUACUACAAACUAAUAUAUUGAAAUUUGUCACAAUUUUACUUAUAAAAAUGCUUUUUGGAUUGCAUAAAUUUUUUUUUUGUAUUUAUUGAGAUAUCAUCCGUUGAAUUGGAAAUCUGAAUUUUUUAAAUUCAUUGUUGUUUCAAGCUUUACUUGAAGAUAUCUCGAAGAAGAAAGAAGAUAAGACCAAAAUUAAACCUUUAUUUGAAAGGCGAAAGAUUGGGUCCUUUUUGAUAAAUUUACAAAUAAAGAUGUCAUCGCUGUGUUAUAACGUCUGAAAUAUGUCAAAAACUUCAAAUUUUAUAACACAAUAUCUUGAAAACUGGAUUUUUAUAGAGAAAUUUUGAUGACGGAUUAGAAAAGUCUACUUGGUUCUCUGCGUUUCGACUUUUUUCAAAUUCUGUUGGCCUGUGUAAUCUUUUCUUAUAAAUAAAUUUUGCUAUAAUCUAAAUUUUACAAAGUAUUUAAAUUUGCAAGAAAACUUUAUUCAUUCAAUUAAGAUUCUUUUAAGGCAAACAAUUUUCCUACUUGAUCCAAAGCAUUUUCAAAUAUAUUAGAUCAUUUCACAAUUCAUGGAGUAAAUUGUAAAUCGUCUAAAUAUACAACAGAUAUAAUCAGCUAUAAACAGUUUCAUGCAAUUUACAACUUGUGCUAUAGAUUGGGAACUAAUACAAUUUUAUAUAUUUAUACGAAAUAAACACAUCACCACGCCUUCAUCUAGUUUUCACUAGUAGUUAAGUGUAGUCAAACUCAUUAUUGUUUAAAACUUAUUAUAAUGCUAGUUUAAAUGAAUACCCUAAAUAUAAACUGAGUAUUAGAGCUUUGCAAGCUGUUAAUAAUAUUUUUUUCAAAUAAGUAGACUUAUUGAAUAUGUAUGUAUAUGGAAAUAUAAAAAUAAUGAUUGCUUUUGUAAUUUUUUUACAUUUGCAAAGUAUUUGCAAACUAAAAUAUAAAUGUUA